UUAUCAUCAGCGAUAUAGUUAUUAUGGCUUGAAUAAUCACGAGAACAAAAUGCCGUGAAAGACAGGAAUCACCAAAAAGUGGCGUGUUCGUGGUUGAUUAAUUGAUAGAUAUCGAGAUUGUUUAAUCAAAUGCAACCAUUUAUUACCAUUUCAGUUUAAAUCACUCGUCGUUUCUGGGCAUUACUAACCCAAUCAAAGUGUUGUGCGCGCUUUUAAGUGAAACCCAAAAUGUACUCCAAUCAACUUUACAGCGCUUUAAACCCAACGUUUUUCCUAUCGUUACUUUCCGGCACCAACCCAAUUUACGCCCAAAAUAUUAAUGGGAAAUACGUUCUGAAAUCCUCGUUAAUGUUCAAGUUCAUCACCAUGGCCUACGUGUUUAUAUAUUCCUGCAGCUUAAUUUACGAAUACAAUAGAGGCGAUUCAUUACGAGAUAACGUAUACAUGGGUAAUGCAAUAUCCAGCAUCGGACGCGCACUCGAUAUUUUAGGACAAAUUAUAUUGAUCUACGCCAUUUAUAUUCUCAGCUUCGUACUUCCACCACGCAUACAAAAUAUCAUCGAAAGGAUCUGCACGGUGGACUCCAUCUUUGAGGAGCUGGGGCACAAAAUCAACUAUCGCAAGAUUUUCUGGCAGCAAGUGUCGCUGUUUGUUAUUGGACUGGUAGCAAUUACCUUCAACAUUUCCAUUUCGAUGCGCGGAAGUCAAGCGAUGCUAUUUAUUUAUUACUUCCCGAUUAUUAUCAUUUUUAUAAUGGAAUGCCAGUUCUCGUUUUUGGUAUUUUUAAUUUACCAGCGUUUUAAGAUACUGAACGAGAUUUUGCAAAAAAUGUUCGGUGCACAGGAGGUGGAGUCCAAGAAUUCAAAGAAAAUUGCAACCCUCAUGGAGGUAUAUGAUUCUUUGGUGGAUCUGGCCAACGACAUCAACAGAAAUUACACCUUUCAAAUCUUAAUAUGCUUCACACUGCUGUUUAUAAAGACAGUGUUCGCAAUAUUUUUUGCAUAUUACGAGUACUUCGUCUUGGGUGCGCAUAUGAGAGCAGUAAGCUGGGGUUUAUGGUCGGUAAUUGAUUGGAACGAAAUACUUUUGCUCGCGAUCACGUGUCAAAUUGCGGCAACACAGGCUCGUCAAACUGGCGUAGAAGUCCACAAGUUACUAAUGAACUCUCGUAAUAACGACAUCAAGGAUAAACUAACCAUUUUCUCUCAACAAAUUUUUCACUGUCCCGUCCAAUUUACAGCCUGCGGAUUAUUUACGAUCGAUUCACAACUGCUAUUCACGAUAAUAGGAUCGGGAACAGUAUAUCUACUUAUCAUGUUGCAGUUCCAAGAAGGAACAGAGGAGGCGAAUUGCAACAUCGCAAACGCAACUGCUCUUUAAACGUACUUUUUACAAAUAAACUUACUGAAACUUUA